AGCUCCCAGGAGAAAAUGGUUUUCAGUCGCUACAUCUGUGUUGGAUUGAAACUGGUAAGAACACGUCUUUCACUGGUUUUGCCUUUUAUGGAUUCCUCAGUUGAUCAUUCUGAUGAUGAUGAUGAAGUGGAAAAAGCAACCACUACAACUAGAGCAAUGAAACAAGACAUGGCCUCCAAACCUGCUACAUCAAAGAAAAGAAAACAGCCUGCAGAAUGCUUUCUGACUCAGCCUGAAAAACAAGGAGAAAGCACUGAGAAGACAAAAAGGAGAAGGAAGAAGAAAAUUUCUGAUGUUCUUGCAAAAUCAUCUCUCAAACCAGGAGUCCCUGAGGACCUGCAAAAUCUACUUAAUCGGCAUUUUGGUACUAAACGUUCAGUAAUUGAACUAGAAGAAUUAAAACUGCCAGAUUCCUGUUUCCUGCCAGCCAAUGACCUCACCCACAGUUUUUCUUCAUACUUGAAAGAAAUCUGUCCCAAAUGGGUAAAGCUUCGUAAAACUCACAAGGAGAAGAAGUCGGUGUUGAUGCUGAUUCUUUGCAGCUCUGCUGUCCGUUCCCUGGAGCUUAUUAAGUCAAUGACAGCAUUCAAAGGAGACUGCAAAGUUCUGAAAUUGUUUGCAAAACACAUAAAGCCUAAGUUCCAUUUCUGCUUUGGCCUUUCUGACUGCCUCCCUGCGAGUACGGGCCAAAUAAAAGACCAGAUGAACCUGCUGGAGAAAUGUGUCACCCACCUGGGUGUUGGGACACCUGGGAGGAUCAAAGCGCUAGUAGAGCAAGAUGGCCUUAGCUUGAACUCUUUGAAAUAUCUGAUUUUGGAUUGGAACUGGAGAGAUCAGAAGUUAAGGAGAAUGAUUGAUAUCCCUGAGAUAAAGAAAGAAACAAUCGACCUUCUGGAAAUGGGCAUUAUAAAGCUGUGCCAAGAGGGCUCUGUGAAGCUGGGACUCUUUUAGUGGUGUAACUAAUUGGGAUGACUUUUGCAGGUGUAUUUCACGUAUUGUGUUGUCUGUUAUUACCAACUGUGCAAUGGCUGACUGGAUUCUGAUGUUCCAUUCUCCAGGUGCUUAGCAGAAAUACCUACUUUGGGAGCUCCCUUUUCUUUUAAUAAUAAAGUAAAGAUCACCCCCCCCCCCCCCCCCCCCAAACAGGAGAGGGUGUAGUUUUUGUGUAGUUUUUGUGUUGGGGAUUGUUGUUGCAUGAACACUGUUGCAUUGAAAUUCCAUGUACAUUGACAGUAAAAUAGUGGCUCUGGAUUUUUAUCAUCCUAAAGAUGUUGAAGACGACCUUACUUGUCCUGCCUGCCUCCUGCAGCCCCUCUGCUCUAAUGAUCUCCUUCCUUCAGUGCCCCUUUAAGAGUGAUAUCAGACAGCCCCUGCCAUUGCAACUGUGGCAUCGAUGCCUACACAGUCAGAUGGAUUGCAAAUUGGCUGAAGAGUCAUACUCAGAGGGUGGUGGUAAACGGGUCAUAUUUGACCUGGGGGAAGUGGGCAGCGGAG